UUUCAGCAGCAGCAACAACAGUUAGUCAGCCACCUCGGUAGCCUGCUCGACAAAACAGCCGAACCAAUAAAGCUCUUUAGACUCUUUUGUGUAUAUUAGCCACUGUGUUUUAAACCCACUUAUGUCGUCUACUUAGUUAUCCGAUUGAAUUACAUAUUUACGGUGUUGUUAUUAUUCAGCUAGCGGGCUGGUUAAGUUAGCAUUAGCCUAGCUAGCUAACAGCCCCGACCAUGCGGUCACUAAGCUACUCUCCUUCUAAAGAGGAGGAAGAUAUCGCAGUAAAACAAGAAGUAGAGGGUGAGGCCGUCACUGUGAAAGAAGAGGAAGACUCGUUCAGUGUGAAAGAGGAGGAGGAUGUUACAGUAAAAGAAGAGGAAGAUGCAAUUUAUGGCGUGAAAGAGGAGGAGGAUGAGAUGACUGUUACACCGAAAAAGGAGGAGGAAGAAGAUGAGGAAACUGGAUAUCUGGGCCCGGUUUCCCGAACGCGUCUUAAGGCAUCCAAUGGUUCUAACGAUGAAUUUAGCCAUAAGAUGGUUUUGAGAAACCGUUCCCUGAUUAACACUCGAGAGAGACGUGACUAUCGUGGACCCUCUGGGGAGCCUCAACAACCUCAUGAUGCUGACGAGGCAGAGAAGAGUCUCUCCAGAUCAGAACUCCUGAAGAAACACCAGCAGAGACCCACAGGGAAGAUACAUCACCGCUCUGACUAUGGGAAGAGAUUCACCUCAUCAGCAGGCAUUAAAAUGCAUCAGAGAAUCCACACAGUAGAGAAACGUUAUUGCUGUACUCAAUGUGGGAAGAGUGUUGAUACAUAUAGCCAUCUUAUUGUACACCAAAGAACACACACAGGAGAGAAACCUUAUAGCUGUGAUCAAUGUGGGAAGAGUUUUAUUCAGCUAAGCAACCUGAUAUCACACCAGAGAAUACACACGGGAGAGAAACCGUAUAGCUGUGAUGAAUGUGGGAAGAGUUUUACUCACAUAGGCACCCUGAUAUCACACCGGAGAAUACACACAGGAGAGAAACCGUAUAGCUGUGUUGAAUGUGGGAAGAGUUUUGCUUUUUCGAAUAAUCUGACUCUUCACCAGAGAACACACACAGGAGAGAAACCUUAUAGCUGUACUCAAUGUGGGAAGAGUUAUACUCAUUCAACCAGCCUGAUAUCACACCAGAGAACACACACGGGAGAGAAACCGUAUAUCUGUGAUCAAUGUGGAAAGAGUUUUACUCAGCUAAGAAGCAUGGUAACACACCAGAGAACACACACAGGAGAGAGACCGUAUAGCUGUGAUGAAUGUGGGAAGAGUUUUGCUAGUUCCCGCAACCUGACUCUUCACCAGAGAACACACACAGGAGAGAAACCCUAUAGCUGUACUCAAUGUGGGAAGUUUUUUUUUACAUCUAGCCUUCUGAAGACACACCAGAGAAGACACACAGGAGAGAAAUCUUAUAGCUGUACUGUAUGUGGGAAGAGUUUUGUUCAAUCUGGGGAACUGAAGAUUCACCGGAGAACACACACAGGAGAGAAACCGUAUAGCUGUACUCAAUGUGGCAAGAGUUUUACUCAGCUAAAUGGCCUGAUAUCGCACCAGAGAACACACACAGGAGAGAAACCUUAUAGCUGUGAUCAAUGUGGGAAGAGUUUUGUUCAGUCUAGCUCUCUGAAGAUACACCAGAGAACACACACAGGAGAGAAACCUCAUAGCUGUGAUCAGUGUGACCAGAGAUACUCUGAAAAAAGAUCUCUGAUCAAACAUCAGAAAAUACAUACAUGAAAGAUUUGUUUCAUGGUAUCAAUGAAAUGAUUUCACAAUGUAGAAUGUUGUAACAUUGUAGAAGGAGUAUUUUAAUGAUGUCACAAUGUAGAACCCUAAACGUUUACCCCCUGUUCUAUUGAUUUCAGCAUGAUGUGGAUAUUAGCCUCAGGGGGAAAAUCCAGUUCUGAAAUGGAAGAGUAUUAUUUAUGAGAUUUAAGAAAAGUGACGAACAAAAAGAGCCGUUACACUUACCACAUUGGUGUCCCACUUGAGUCAAAAUGCAACACUUCAAAAUGUGGCGAGCUGUUUUCUACAAAUUGUCCUCUAACCAGUGAUGUACACAUUAUUCCCAGAUUCCGUGUGGUUUUUGAGCUGUUAGUUUUAACAGGGCGUGCAACCUCAUCUCCCUCUUCUCGACACAAUUGAUUUCAACAUGAUAUUGAUGAGUUAUGACAAAUAAGUGUUGCGUUCCUUUGUUUAGUGACACCUACAUUGAAAUGCAUCUCUCCAAAAUGUAGCCGACUGUCUUCUGCAGGUUGUGCUCUAACCAGUGAGCUAAAAGAUAUCUCCCAUUUCCAUGUGUUUUUUUAGAUGUUAGUUUCAACAGCAAGUACAAUCUGAUCUCCCCCCUUAAUCGAUAUCAGUGAUCUAUUGCUUCUUGUCAAAACAACAAUUUUUGGUGCUUGUGUCCAUGGUGAGGACAACUUAGUUUCUGAUUGUCUCAAGAUUGGGCAGUCAAAAAGAUUUGUGUUUUGUAUUUAGCCAGUGCGGUCCAUGGAUCACAAAUUAUUUUGACUUUCCGUAUUAGAGAUGAGUUAUGUUCCAAGGGGACGAGAGUUCUAGAAGCAAGUGAGUUUUCGAAAUGGAAAAAAUACACGUUUUUUCUUGUUUUUAAUUGUUGCCUGCCAGUAGACACCAUGUUAAUAUUGUAGAAGGUGAAGUAUUGUAGUUGAUUAUAAUGUGAAAUGGAAGUUGUUUUCUGUUGGUGGUGCGCAUUCUUUUAAGGUGUUACAGUCUUUGGUUUUUCCAUUUAUGUUUUGAGUUUGGAAUUUAGCGUGUAUAGCUCGUUAACACGUAGCACGCAUUGAUUGGUGUCACCUCCUUAGUCAGUAUGUGUUACACCUGUGCUGGCUUGUCCGUCUCAUUAGUGGGAAGGUGUAUCACCCGAGCUGGUCCAGGUUCUAUUUAAGAGUGUCUGGCCCAGUGCUCCAGUUGUCUUGAUAGAUGUGGAGAGUCAACACCUUUAGUUGCUCCACCUUUUCCUAUUAAAGAUGUUUUUCAUUUCA